AUGAGUAGGAAGAAUAUCAUCCUCUUUGGGCAGGCAGGGGCAGGAAAAAGCUCACUCAUCAAUCUCAUGGCAGGAAAGAAUGCAGCAGAGACAUCCAUGGACCUGAAAUCCUGCACACUACGCUGGCAAGAAUACCCCAUCGAAUUCGAUGGCGGGUCUUAUAAGGUGUUCGACACUGUUGGACUCGAGGAACCCCAGCUGGGAAUCCCACAAUUCCUCGAUGCUGUCGAGAAUGCCUAUAAGCUCAUCCAGGAUUUGGAGAGCAAAGGCAGCAUUGAUCUGCUUCUAUUUUGCAUGCGCGCAGGCAGACUCACUGCUACGCUUCAAAACAACUACCGGCUCUUUCACGAAUUCCUCUGUGACAAAAAGGUUCCCACCAUUUUAGUGAUCACGUACCUCGAAAAUGAGGUCGGAGCGAUGGAUGACUGGUGGAAGAGGAACGAUGAAAUUUUCAAAGACCGGGAGGUCCAUGUCGCUGGCCAUGCGUGCAUCACCGCCAUCAGAGGCAACUUUGCACGCCGGUAUGAAGAAUCGCGGAUCACGGUACGCAACCUUGUCAAGGAGUUCACUGCCGACGGGCAGAAACGAGCAUGGAAAGGAGGUGACAACCUGUUCGUGUCGUUCAUGCGUAAGCUGAAGGAGCUACUGGUGGGGAGUGGGAAAUCGCGUAUGAAGAAGGGUAUGGUGACUCGCCUCACCAAGCGUUGCGGUAUGUCUUCAGAUGUCGCAAAGCAAUUAGCUGAUAGGAUCAAAAAAGACGAGGUAUAA